CCCCGUGCACUGUGCUACAGUCCCAUCGUUUCUGCUUGUUCGCAAGGCAACCACCGGUGAAUGCGGAGCGACGCCGCAGGCAGGUGGUGCACCGCCAGCUCGAAUCAGGCUCGCCACAUUUCACGGCUCGGCGCUCGGCCGUCCAAGGUGCCACGGCAAGGUUUUCGCUCGCGCCGCACUUGUAACGGCCGCUCAACCUAGCCCAGGGUUAGAAGACAGAAUGUAAUUAUCGUUGUGUAUUUAUUUCCGAGUGCAAUUGGAGCGUCACGCCGCGCUUCGUGGUAUGCCGCUGGGCCAGCAUAAGCAGCCCGCGUCCCGUCUCUCCGGGUCCAAUCGCGCCUCUUGAUAGACCCUCCUCUCUCGCAUAGCCGCUCACUGCUGCUGUCGACUGCCGUGGCGUAGUCGCGCUCACGGCAUGGAAGAAUCCCCGUUGGAGAGACCGGCGGCGGAGAGGCCGUCGGGGGAGAGGCCGUCGGCGGAGAGGCUGUCGGCGGAGAGGCCGUCGGCGGAGAGGCCGUCGGCGGAGAGGCCGUCGGCGGAGAGGCCGUCGGCGGAGAGGCCGUCGGCGGAGAGGCCGUCGGCGGAGAGGCUGUCGGCGGAGAGGCCGUCGGCGGAGAGGCCGUCAUUGCUGCCUCGCCUACGCGAGCUGGUCAUGCAAGCUACGGCGAAGAAGAAGUCGCCCCCGCCCCCGCCACCCGCGCGCGCCUCCGCUCCUCCUCACCCGCGUGCCUCCGCUCCCCCUCCCGCGCGUGCUUCCGCUCCUCCUCCCGCCACCAACGCUACCAGGCCCGCCGCGCGCAGCCCCGCGCCCGGGACAGGCCCUCACGGUCGCCCUCCUACUAGCGCCACCCCAGCUCGAGCGCGCUCUCCUAUAAAUCCCCCAGCUCGCGAGCCGUCACCGGCUGCGAGCGAGCAAGGGUCGUCGGGAGACCCCGUGGAGUCUCCGCGCGGGUAUGCGAGUGCGUCUGGCAGUGAGUACGAGAGCGACUAUGGGAGUGUGUCUGGUAGCGCGUCCGCGAGUUGGUCCACGGAGUGCUCUGAGGGGGACGAGUGGAGCGACGAGGCGAGCACGGACGACAGCAGGGAGCGCAUAGAGAACUGGGAGAACGCUGCGCACAGGCAGGGCGUUGCGCGCACAAGGCAGGCGCGUGGCGGGCGGCAGCAGCGCAGGCAGCGCAUGGUGUGGACGGACGUGCUCACGGUGGACCUGGUGCGCACAGUCAUCGACGCGCUCGCCCGGCACGGGCGGCCGCCGUACGCGCCCAUCCACUGCUGGUGGGAGAUCCUGGACGCGUGGGACGAGCGGCACGGCGGGCUGGGCCUCACAGUGGCGCAGCUGCAGCGGCGCAUCCGCGUGGUGACGCUGUGGGUGAGCCACAUCCGCCACAUGCAGAGCUUCUUCCCGCCGGGGGUCACCUGGAACCCCGAGCGAGAGUACUUCCGACCAGACCCCAAGCUGGGGGUGUUGGAGCGAGUGAAGCGUCUGCCGCAGUGGAGCAGCAUGCGGCGCUGGCAGGCGCACAAGGCGCCGUGGUUCCCCCUGGCGCAGCAGCUCGUCUUCCACAGCAACCAGCGCGGCCUCUACGCCAUGGCGUCCAAUGAGCCCUUCACAGACCGCUUCCUCUGGGACGACCCUGGCGGCGGAAGGGGUGGCGGCCUCCGCCGCCGCCCUCGCCCGGCUGCUGUUGCCCCUGCAGCAACUGCUGCUGCUGCUGCUGCUGCUGCAUCCCGUGGUGCUGAAGGUGAUGGGGAAGGGAGUGGCGGGGGCAGGCAAGGAGCGCGCAGGCGCCAGGUGGCUUCUCCGUUGAACGAGCCUGUGAAGCGCAGGCGAGUGCAGAGCAGCAGCGCUGGCGACAGGAAGACGGGAAUGGCCCGCGCCUUGGAGCGAGAAAUCACCAUCACCUAUCGCCGUAUCGGAGACCGGAUUGUUGUGCUGGCAGACGAGUAUGACGAGUAUCUGCCGGCAGCGGAGAAGGCAGUGGUUGAGAUUGAGGGCCUGUCAACCCGGGAGAAGGAGGCAGCGGUGCGGGGCUUCCAGAAAACGCCUCACAUGGCACGCUUGUUCCCGAGCUUCAGUGUGGAGAUGCAGAUGGAGUAUGCCAGGAGGUGCUACAGGGACGAGCAAGCAGCCAUUGCUAAGUACUGUGGCCGCCAAUUCACCGAUGAGGGUGCCCGAGACAGCGGUUUCUGCAAAUGAUGUUUUUUUGGUGUAUGGAGAUGUUGGUUUGGUAGUUGGGAGGUUGGGCACGACAAUUGGUGGCGGUAGCCUGGUUACGUAGCCCUGCUUGCAAGGUCCAGUGGUGUGGUUGUUGGGGAGCUGGCGUUAUUGGCGCAUAUAUCAUGCGCUAGAUGGGGAGGGGACAGUAAGGACUGGGUGGAGCUUGCUGGAGUAUUCAGGGUCCAGUAAUCAGUAAUCGGAGCAGGACAGAUGUUUUCUUACAAGGACUUUUUGGUCUACCGGGCUGCUCAUGAGAAGCUGUCUUAGGGCGUGUCCAGCGCGUACGUUUGAUUAAGGUUGGGUGAGGUGCCUCACGGAUCAGAAGGAUUGAUAACAAAUCUGAAACGGUUGG